AGUGGAGGCAGGAGCGACUAAAUAAGAACCUAGCUUAGAUAAAUAACGACAUUUAAGAUAUUCCGGUCAAACUUUCUAUCGUUUUCCCCCCCGGAAAGUGUCAGACGGCCGUAAAAGCAUCUUAAAUCCUUCUCGGGUUGUAUUUUGUGGAGUUUUAUCAACAGGAGGAGGUGUUAGGUUAGACUAACGUUACUUUAAGUUAACGGUUAAGUUUGGCUGUUGGAGGCGGAAAAGUUGGUCUGACCAGGGUGGACUUUUCAGCCGGAAGCCUCAGAAACAACCGUUACUCCUGAAAGAGGAGCAGAGAAAGCUGAGCAUCCAGCAACGUGGGGGAGUAAAAGCACGAGGACAGCGGAGAAGUGAAAGGAGAAGGUAGAAACAUCAGCCCAGCCGCCAGCCUGCCCAGGAGUGCCGUGCCAUGGGGAAACAAAACAGCAAGCUGCGGCCCGAGGUCCUCAACGACCUGAGAGAAAACACGGAGUUCACCGACCACGAGCUGCAGGAGUGGUACCGCGGCUUCCUCAAGGACUGUCCCACCGGCCACCUGACUGUGGAGGAGUUCAAGAAGAUCUAUGCCAACUUCUUCCCCUACGGAGACGCCUCAAAGUUUGCUGAGCACGUCUUCCGCACCUUUGACACCAACGGCGAUGCCACCAUCGACUUCAGGGAGUUCAUCAUCGCCCUGAGCGUGACGUCUCGCGGCGGGCUGGAGCAGAAGCUGCGCUGGGCCUUCAGCAUGUACGACCUGGACGGGAAUGGCUAUAUCAGCCGGGCAGAGAUGCUGGAGAUAGUUCAGGCAAUUUACAAGAUGGUGUCAUCAGUGAUGAAGAUGCCUGAGGAUGAGUCAACGCCAGAGAAAAGGACAGAUAAGAUCUUCAGACAGAUGGACAUUGACAAUGAUGGUAGAUUGUCUUUGGAGGAGUUCAUCAAAGGUGCCAAGAGCGACCCGUCCAUUGUCAGACUGCUGCAGUCGGAUCAGGGAGCCUCUCGUCAGUUCUGAGGGCAGAGACAAUGGCAGAUGCACACUCUCUAAAGUCACAAACCCACAUCCUUCCAGCUUCAUGCUGCUCACCUGACUAAGGCUCUGCCAUCAUCACACCUCCCCCAACAGACAGUCUUUCAUUUUAACAACACUCCAUGUUUUAAUGUUUACAUUAAUGGAUACUUCUCUGUCAACGUGGCUCCUUUUCUGUGGCCUAUGACAUGCUUUCAGUUGUGCAUAUGCUUCUCCAAAGCUCUCCUGCCUUGAAAUGGUUCUAACUCCUCCUGCAUAAGUGCCAUAUCAUAUAUUUAUAACUGACUGGAUCAUGUGCUCGCAAGUAUUAUGACUCCCAUUAUGUUACACUAAGAUGAAACUAAUUAUAUCAAUUCACAUAAAUUGAUUGGACUUAACUGUGUUGAAAAGUGGCUUGUUGUUGUUCAGGACUGUAGCUUAACAAGUUGCUGUUCUUAACAAGUUCUAUAUGCCUUUGGUCUUGCAUGCGCUCGGUGAUACGCGUUUACUGAUAUUGUAACAGUUCAUGUGAAUAAGGAGGUCGUGAUUGUUUUUAUUCCUUUUUAUUUUUGUAACAAAAAUGUCAUUUUGUUUUCACACAAUUGAAAUAAAGUCGUGUAAGAAAAAUCUA